AUGGCACCCACUCAGCAGGCAUCAAUCACACACUGGGUGACGGUUCGGCUGCUGGCUGCCCGGCUCGCCGCGCCUCCGGCUCUGGCAAACUGCAGUGAUGCUGGUGACAACAGGUUACAGACCACGACUCAAAUGAAGCCGCCUGAGACCGAAAACCAUGCAGGUUUGCAGAUUACAGCGCUGGAGAGGCAGGUGUUUGACUUUCUGGGCUACCAGUGGGCUCCCAUCAUGAUCAACUUUUUUCACAUCAUCAUGGUCAUCCUUGGCCUGUUUGGUGCAGUCCAGUACAGAUCACGCUACGUUAUAAUGUACCUGCUGUGGACGUUGUUGUGGGUUGGCUGGAAUGUCUUUGUGAGCUGUCUCUACCUGGAUUUGGGAGGGCUUUCAAAGGAUGAUGAUAUUCUGUCCCUCGGUGUAUCUUCACAUCAUUCCUGGUGGAAGGAGAAUGGGCCGGGAUGUGAAAGCGAGAGACUUCCCUCUGCUGGAUGGAAGAACCAGCAAAAUCCAGAGCUUACCACAGUGCUGAGCUGCUGGCUGGAAUACCAGUACAUAGAAAUCCUGCACUGCAUCAUCCAGCUCCUCGUAUCACUCCCGGGAUUUGUUUACGCCUGCUAUGUGGCCAGCACAUUUUCAGAAGAGGAUGACAGCUUCAACUUCAUUGGUGAGUUUCACCAUCCAUCCAAACCCUCUAAGUUGCUUUUCUAGUUUUACAAUCCAUUGAUUAUAAAUAAAGAAAGUGAAAAGCUGAGAAGGAACUAAGAAGAAGAUCAAACAACUCUGCAGAGUCUGAUAGUGCAUCAUCUCUGGCAUGGUCAAUAACACUCACACAGAGAUGCCAAAUCUCACUGUGUACGUUUCUCACACUGUGGCCUGAUUCAAAAGAGGAGUCUCCGGUCUAUUGCAUGUUGAUAUUUUCUAGUUUUAUCCCGUAGUAACGCUACCUCUCGGCAUGUAUGUGAAAGACUGUUUGUAGGUUCGGCUGUCUGACAGAAUACUGUGGUUCUAAAUUUGUACAUAUGCAGCUGGUGUUCUUUCUGAUGUUUCAUAAAAUGUACAAAUUAUUAUUAUGUGUAAUUUCAAUUAGAAGAAGGGAGGACCCCAAUGUGUAUAAUGUGUGUUUUCAGUCAGUGGAAUAAACUGUGUCCACAAUUUGCCUUAUACUGGAUUACUGCUAAUGUUCAUCUAAUGUUUAUUCAUUCAUAUACAGUUUUACCUCCAUUAGUGAAAUGUAAGUACAUUUACUCAAGUACUGUACAUUACUUAAGAUUACAUUUCUUUGUGUGCAAUUUUGUCUCGUGUACAGUUUAGAUAUAAAAAAAAAAUGUUGUACUUGUUACACUGACAGCUUUAAAUGCUAGCUGCAUUUAAAAUUAAUUAUGUGAACUUAUAAAAUAUGUUUCAUUUAUCACCAAACUACCAAACAGUAAUAAAAGAAAGAGUAAAAAAUAAAGUAAUAUAGCAAUGUUGUCAUUUACUUUAGAUGAUUUUGUACCAUAUACUGCACAAAAAAGCAUUAUGAAUGUAAGUGACUGUAAUUUGAUUAUUCAUCCCAUAUUUUGGAAAUUAUUAUUAUUAAACAUAGUGUUAAAGUA